CUUUGCCACAAUGUUUGGAGGAUAUGAUGAUAUAGAAGCCUUUGAAGAUGACCUUUACCGUGAAGAGUCCUCCAGUGAAUCAAGUGUUGAUAGUGAAAUAGAAUUUCAUCUUUAUAGCCAAGUGCAUUAUGCCCAGGCUCUUGCAGAUGUCAGCGGACAAGAAGAAACCGAAGAAGCUGGACCUGUGGAGAGGCAGCUUCAGUGUUCAGGGAGUAAACAGCAUCAGAAAGAUAACUUCAUUGAAAUUUCAGAUAGUGACGUCAUUCGAAUUUCAGAUAGUCCUGAUAUCAUCAUCUUGUCGGAUACUCCUGAUGAAGAUAGCAUUUACAAGAGUAAAUUCCAGAAGCUAACAACCCCAGAGUCUCCAACACUAGAAAGAACAUACGAUCACACUGAUCCCAUCUCGGUCAAGCCAACUAAGAAGUCUUUUCAGACUCACUUGAAUUCAAAGGGACUGUCUACAGGCCCUGCAAGGAAAGAGAAAAGAGUUAAUCAGAAGUCUGUCUCUUUUUACCGUGAUGGAGUUCACACGAUCCAGAAGAUCCUGGUAAUAGAGGACAGCUCCAGUGAUGAGGAUGAAGAUGCGACAAGCACAGUCUCUGGAAGUGAUGAUGUGGAGAGCUGGAUGUUGUUGGGAGGUGCCAGAGAUAUCAAAGAUGAAAACAUCCUCUUAAACCUCGAGGGCUGUGGAAGUUCAGCCACUGAAGGAGAAGGCGGAACAGACUGGGCUAUCAGUGAUAAAGAUUUAGAGGCACAAAUUGGUAACUAUGUUACUGUGCGUCGUAACAACAGAUACUACAUGCUGGACAAAAAUAUCACUUGCAGAAAUUGUGAUAAAAGAGGUCACUUGUCAAAAAACUGUCCUACUCCAAAGAAAGUUCCACCGUGUUGCCUGUGUGCAGAAAGGGGGCACCUACAAAACAACUGCCCUGCACGGUUUUGUUUCAAUUGCUGUUUGCCUGGACACUGCUCAAGGGAGUGUCUCGAGAGAACUUUCUGGAGUAAACAUUGUAACCGUUGUGCAAUGAGAGGCCAUUACGCAGAUGCUUGCCCAGAAAUAUGGAGGCAGUAUCACCUAACAACCAGGCGAGGACCACUCAAGAAGGCCAGUUCUUUCUCUGUACAUGAUGUUCCAGUAUACUGUUACAACUGUUCACGGAGAGGCCAUUAUGGCUAUGAAUGCUCAGAGAAGCGGAUGUUUGGAGGGACGUUCCCUACUUUCCCCUUCGUCUAUUACUAUGAUAAUAAAUAUGAUAUCAAGAGGGGCUUUCAAAAAGCAAAGAAAAAAGUGCAAGAUCUUCAGGAAGCUGGCCUUCUUCCCAUGGCAUUGAAGAGACCACACAUGGAUGAUGACCAGAAGGUGCACACCCAUAAGAAAAAGGGGAAACUGUUGAAGGAACACAACAAAAGAGUGGAAAAGCGUCACAGAAAGCUCAAGAAGUCCCAGGCAGACAAACACAAAGGAAGGAAACACAAGAAAGACGUCCAAAACAACUGUAACAUAGAGGAGAACUUUCCCAGAGGAGGUCACUCGAAAGCUCUGAAGUGGCACAAAAAACCCAGUGCUUCUGCAAAUGGGGACAAACCAGAAAUUGCGAAGGCUUCCUCGGAGGCAGCAAGAAAACGUGGGGAAAAGAAAAAAAAGAACUACACAGUCAGUAGCCCCACCAGGGAUGAAAGUUUAUUUCUUAUAAAGCAGAGAAAGAAGAAAUCAAAACAGAAGCCUAGUAACUGAUAUGAUUGCAAGAAGGUAGCUUGGGGAGUGGGUGGGGCUUAGCUUCAGG